AGUAAUAAUAGUAACAAUGGUAAUAAUAAUAAUAAUAAUAAUAAUAAUAAUAAUAAUAAUAAUAAUAAUAAUAAUAAUAAUAAUAAUAAUAAUAAUAAUAAUAAUAGUAAUAAUAGUAAUAAUAGUAAUAAUAGCAAUAAUAGUAAUAAUAGUAAUAAUAGUAAUAAUAGUAAUAAUAGUAAUAAUAGUAAUAAUAGUAAUAAUAGUAAUAAUAGUAAUAAUUGUAAUAAUAGUUAUAAUAGUAAUAAUAGUAAUAAUAGUAAUAAUAGUAAUAAUGGAAAUAACAGUAAUAAUAGUAAUAAUAGUAAUAAUAGUAAUAAUAGUAAUAAUAGUAUUAAUAGUAAUAAUAGUAAUAAUAGUAAUAAUAGUAUUAAUAGUAAUAAUAGUAAUAAUAGUAAUAAUAGUAAUAAUAGUAAUAAUUGUAAUAAUAGUAAUAAUAGUAAUAAUAGUAAUAAUAGUAAUAAUGGUCAUAAUAGUAAUAAUAGUAGUAAUAAUAGUAAUAAUAGUAAUAAUAGUAAUAAUAGUAAUAAUAGUAAUAAUAGUAAUAAUAGUAAUAAUAGUAAUAAUGGUAAUAAUAAUAAUAAUAAUAAUAAUAAAAAUAAUAAUAAUAGUAAUAAUAGUAAUAAUAGUAAUAAUAGUAUUAAUAAUAAUAAUAGUAAUAAUAGUAAUAAUAGUAAUAAUAGUAAUAAUAGUAAUAAUAGUAAUAAUAGUAAUAAUAGUAAUAAUAGUAAUAAUAGUUAUAAUAGAAAUAAUAGUAAUAAUAGUAAUAAUGGAAAUAACAGUAAUAAUAGUAAUAAUAGUAAUAAUAGUAAUAAUAGUAAUAAUAGUAAUAAUAGUAAUAAUAGUAAUAAUAGUAUUAAUAGUAAUAAUAGUAAUAAUAGUAAUAAUAGUAAUAAUAGUAAUAAUAAUAAUAAUAGUAAUAAUAGUAAUAAUAGUAAUAAUAGAAAUAAUAGUAAUAAUGGAAAUAACAGUAAUAAUAGUAAUAAUAGUUACCACAGCUAA